AUGAGAGACACUGAUACCUACGAAUCCUGUGGACUUAUCAUGCCGGAGACGGCGCCCUCGGCGAUUCGAUUAUCUCUCCUACCGGAACCCCACGAUGACAGCUACCACAAAACAGGCCAAGAAAUGCCCUCAUGUGAAGCUCGAGUCGAUGCUAUCGUCUUUGCAGUCUUCGCAUUCACCUACAACCCGUCUUCAUGGCCAUUCGAUUAA